GCAAAGGGAGAACUUGAAUGCAUCAUUCGCCUUUUCAAAGUUUAGCAGUUAACAACGAACGUGUCUUGGCAUAGAAAACGCAACGAACGCAAACAUAAACGGGCUAACGCUAAACAAAAACACGGAGGAGCAUCUAGACGAAGACUUGAUAGAGUCUGAAAUCAAGAUUUUUAUGGAUUUAUUUUAGAAAAAAACUCAUAAAAAAUAAAGUUAUAAAAAUUAUUGAAGAAAAAAAAAAGACUAAAUAAAUUGUUAAGAAAAAAUGAAAUUAUUCAUUUCUCUGAUAGCACUUUCGGUUGCUGUCAGUGUUUCUGGUGAUGUGUCUCAUCUAGAUACUGAUUUCCGGGAGGAUGGCUAUCACUACAAACAGCCAUCGGUGCCAUUCCCACAACCGCCCUCAGGCAAUGGCAUAGAGGACAAUAACUAUAAGCCUCCCAGUUACAAACCCUCGGGUCCAGCACCUGGAUUUACACCAUCCAGACCUUCGGGACCAGCUCCUGGUUUUAGGCCUUCAGCGCCCAGUCCAUCAGCUCCCUCGGGACCAGCAGCUGGAUAUAGGCCAUCAGCACCAGCACCAAGCUACAAGCCAUCUGGUCCAGCUCCAGGUUUUACACCAUCUGGACCCAGUACAAAGCCAUCAGGCCCUGGCACCAGUUACAUACCCCCAGCUGAAGCACCCACAGGACCGUCGGGACCAAGCUAUAAACCUUCGGGACCACCAUCAGGACCAGCUCCUGGUUUCUCGCCAUCAGGUCCAAGCUACAAGCCUUCAGGGCCAGCCCCUGGAUUUAGCCCAUCUGCACCGGCUCCUAGUUAUAGGCCUUCGUCUCCUUCGGGACCUGCUCCAAGUUACAAACCUUCGGCACCCUCUGGUCCAGCACCAGGACCUACUGGCCCUCAAGUGCCCAGCGGUCCCGGCACCAGCUACAUACCUCCUCCUCCCCAAACUCCCUCCAGACCAUCACCAAGCUAUGGUCCACCUAAACCGCAACCGCCCAAACCUCAGCCUGACUGUUCAGCCCCAUUGAGACCAGGCCAACGUCCUGCCCCUGGUUGCCCUGCUCCAGAACCUGACUGUUCGGCUCCCCUGAGACCAGGUCAACGUCCUGCUCCAGGAUGUCCCCAACCAGAACCUGACUGUUCGGCUCCUCUGAGACCAGGUCAACGUCCUCCUCCAGGAUGUCCCCAACCAGAACCCGACUGCUCAGCUCCCUUGAGAUCUGGUCAACGUCCUCCUCCAGGAUGCCCCGAACCUGAGCCAGAUUGUUCGGCGCCAUUGAGACCUGGUCAACGUCCAGCCCCUGGUUGUCCUGCUCCAGAACCUGACUGUUCGGCUCCUCUGAGACCUGGUCAACGUCCUCCUCCAGGAUGUCCCCAACCAGAACCCGACUGCUCAGCUCCCUUGAGACCUGGUCAACGUCCUCCGCCAGGAUGCCCUGAACCAGAACCCGACUGCUCAGCUCCCUUGAGACCUGGUCAACGUCCUCCGCCAGGAUGCCCUGAACCAGAACCCGACUGCUCAGCUCCCUUGAGACCUGGUCAACGUCCUCCUGCAGGAUGCCCUGAACCAGAACCCGAUUGCUCAGCACCCUUGAGACCUGGUCAACGUCCACCAGCCGGUUGCCCUGCUCCCGCACCACAGCCCCCAAGCCGUCCUGCUCCAGCACCACAGCAACCAAGCCGCCCUGCUCCUGCACCUCAGCAACCAAGCCGCCCUGCUCCUGCACCUCAGCAACCCAGCCGCCCUGCUCCAGCACCACAGCAACCAAGCCGCCCUGCUCCUGCACCUCAGCAACCAAGUCGUCCUGCUCCAGGACCCCAACAACCUGGUCGUCCCGGACCUGGUUUGGAAUACUUGCCACCAAAUCAACAGCCUCAACCAACAAGACCUCAGCCCCCACAAACACCACCAACAAAACCAACACCUAGACCAGGUCAAGGCUAUGUGCCUCCAGGACCCACGUUCCAGCCUAGACCACCUACUCCUGUACGUCCCCAAGUUGAUUGUUCGGCACCCUUGAGACCAGGUCAACGUCCUCCUCCAGGAUGUCCCCAACCAGAACCCGACUGCUCAGCUCCCUUGAGACCUGGACAACGACCUCCUCCAGGAUGCCCCGAACCAGAACCCGAUUGCAAUGCACCAUUAAGACCUGGUCAACGUCCUCCACCCGGUUGUCCUGCACCAGCACCUGACUGUUCGGCACCUUUGAGACCUGGACAGCGUCCUCCUCCAGGCUGCCCUGAACCGGAGCCAGACUGUUCGGCUCCAUUAAGACCUGGACAGCGUCCUCCACCUGGUUGCCCUGCACCUGAACCCGACUGUUCGGCACCUUUGAGACCUGGCCAGCGUCCACUGCCAGGUUGUCCAGAACCCGAGCCAGAUUGUAAUGCUCCUUUGAGACCAGGACAACGUCGUCCACCUGGAUGUCCUGAACCCGAACCAGAUUGCAAUGCACCCUUAAGACCUGGACAGCGCCCUCCACCUGGAUGUCCUGCUCCAGCCCCAGCACCGGCUCCCAUACCACAGAAACCUAGUCGCCCAACACCUGGACCAGCACCACAGCCUACCCGUCCGGCUCCAGUUCCAGGCCGGCCAGCACCAGGACCUCCACAGCCCGGACGUCCCGGUUUCCCAUCUGACAAACCAGGUGUUGAAUAUCUACCUCCAGAAGGUAACGAGGUGAAACCAACUAAUGGCCAAAAGCCUCGUCCAGGACCGGUUCCCAAGCCUCAGCCACCAAAACAACCUGACUGUUCAGCGCCAUUGAGACCAGGCCAGCGACCUCCCCCUGGUUGCCCUGCACCCCAACCUGAUUGCAAUGCACCUUUAAGGCCCGGUCAACGUCCUCCUCCAGGAUGUCCAGAACCUGAACCGGAUUGUAAUGCACCUCUGCGACCAGGACAACGCCCUUCCCCAGGAUGCCCUGCUCCACAACCCGAUUGCUCUGCUCCACUGAGACCAGGUCAACGUCCUCCCCCAGGAUGCCCUGAACCUGAACCCGAUUGUUCAGCACCUCUGAGACCGGGACAACGUCGCCCACCAGGUUGUCCCGAACCUGAGCCAGAUUGUUCGGCUCCCUUGAGACCUGGCCAACGUCCACCACCCGGUUGCCCUGAGCCUGAACCCGAUUGUUCGACACCCUUGAGACCCGGUCAACGUCCUCCACCAGGUUGCCCAGAACCCGAACCAGACUGCUCAGCUCCCCUGAGACCGGGUCAACGUCCGCCACCAGGUUGCCCAGAGCCCGAACCAGACUGCUCGGCCCCAUUGAGACCUGGACAACGUCCGCCACCUGGAUGCCCAGCACCUGCACCUGCACCAGCUCCCGUACCAAUACAGCCAUCACGUCCCAGCUACCCAUCACCCAAACCCACACCUAGACCAGAGCAGCCCUCAUACCCCAGUCCACAACCAACCAGGCCCACAUAUCCUAGUCCCCCACCAACUAGACCAUCAUAUCCCAGCCCACAGACCACCUCAAGGCAGCCAUCAUAUCCCGGAACACCCACCGAGGCCGGUUCCUUGGGUCCAGAUGGCUACAACUAUAAUAAGCCCAACAAACCGUUCACAUAUUAAGGCCAAUAUAAGCUAUGUCUAGAUAUACAUAUACUCAUUCUUAUGUAUUAAGAAAUUAAAGUAUUACAACACACGCCCCUUUCCCCACCCCCAGCUUCAAUCCCUUCUCUUACUAUCCCAGAAAUCAUAAACAAGGACGAAUACAACUUUGAAAAUUGGCGAAUGCGAAAACUAAACUCAAGUACCUUGAACUCUACCAUUACAAGCACAAAGAAAAAAGAAAACACAAAAAAAUUUUAAUAAUAAAAACAAACAAACGAACAUUAAAAAUUAUUUAAAAAAAAAAAA